UACAUGAGUUUGAUCACUCAUGGAGGAGCUUUAAAUUAUUAAAAUAGCAAGCAGAGGAAUCAGGAAUAUCAUUCAAAUGUAGACAAUAUACGUUUAAAGUUUCGAAGGCGGCUUGCUCGUAUUAAAAGUGAUAUGGAGGAAGUUCCUAGUGGCGCUGAGCAACAAGGCGAGGAUAUUUCUGUAUCGAGCGGCGGUAAACAAACAUGUCAAGGCUCAUCUUCAAAAGAUUCGUUAUCCUCGAAUUCUAUACCCGACAAUCUUGAUUACGAAACAGAGGUGAACAGAAAUGAUCACAAUAGAAAACUCCUAUGUCCGACCUGCAACACUGAGAUUGAUCCCAACGUACAUAAAUUUUGCUACGAGUGUGGCAAGAACGUCCAAGAAAUGGUUUUUAAUGCAAAGGAACAGAGAGAUAUCAUCCCUUCUAAAAGUCCUGUAUCAGAAUCUGGUGAAGCAGGGCAGGCAGUCGACCGUGAUAUUGUAAUCUCUAGUGAUAUUGCUGAGGUAAAACAAGUUCUUGUCGAAGUAAUCGAGACGGAUCAGGCUGAAACAAUGUCACAACAGCUCACUGCGCAGUCAGUAAAUGUUUUACCAGGUGAAAAUUUUAAAAGUCCUGUAUCAGAAUCUGGUGAAGCAGGGCAGGCAGUCGACCGUGAUAUUGUAAUCUCUAGUGAUAUUGCUGAGGUAAAACAAGUUCUUGUCGAAGUAACCGAGACGGGUCAGGCUGAAACAAUGUCACAACAGCUCACUGCGCAGUCAGUAAAUGUUUUACCAGGUGAAAAUUUUGGUGAGAAAGGUACAACUUCACCAAGUGCCUCUUUAAAGCUUGUGGUUGUUAACGCAUGCGAAAUCCCAGAAAUAAAAAAAAACGUGGUAAAAGACCAGGCGGUUGCAAAAACGUUAGUAGAAAGUGCGAAACACUCAUCCGCCUUUUCAGAGGCUGUUGACCAUCAACAUCCCGAGAGUGUAGUUGCACAAAGCUCUGCGGAAAACGACAAUACCGGUCCAUUGAACGAACAAAAGAAACAAAUAUUGCAAAGUGAAGAGCUUCCUUUGGAGAAUGAUUUGAGGGACACUGGUAACCAGCAGGGAUCCCAGCGUGCUGACGAAAAAACAGAAUUCAAAAACAAUUUCGACAAACGUGAAGAUAUUCCCUCGACUGAAGUGGUUAAACAACAUAUGCAAGAACAUAGCCAGCAAACAAAGCGGCCAGGCAAUGAUUCUAAAAUCCCUGAUGAAAGCGAUAAGAAAGGAGAUGGAUCAAAGAUGACAGCGUGUGAGCCCAACAACAUAAUUGAAACAAUAAUAGAACCAGGUAAAAAUUCAAAUGAAAAUAGCAGAAAUUUUCAGGGAACAGAUAUUAACCAAAGACAAGAAGAUAACAAAGGUAGCGAGUCCGGAGAUGAGAGAAAACCCACCGCAUCCAAUACCAAUGAGGGAGUCGAAAAAAUAAAGACAAAACAAGUAGACAACAGUUUUAAGCUGAAAGAAAAUCUAGAAGAGAAACCAACUCUCCUAACCCUUGCCCGUCCCUAUGGACCUUUGUCCGAAACUGGUGGAUCUUCAGAACUUGCUGCUGAGGCACGUAAUCAGGACCUGCAAGCAAUUGUCAAAGACAAACAAACUGUCCUAAAGACGUCUAAGAAUCCUAAUCAUUCCUUGUCAGAAGAUAAUGGAUCUUCAGAACCUACUGUUAAGGCAAGUGAUCAGAACCAAGGCCACUUUUAUCAAAAACCGCAACUUACGCAAAAUCAAGGUGGAGGGAAGAAAAAAAAGAAAAAAGAACAAAGCAACGCAAUUGGAUCUAAAAGUUAUUCUGAAGAAAAAUGUUUAACCGUAGUUUUCCAUGCGAUAUUAUCUACAAAAUUUAAACGCGAGGACGGAACAAAUAUCGUGAUUCGUGGGGAAGGGCCUGUUUUUGAAGGUUGGAAAAAGGAUGGUAUACCUGUGAGCAUAAAAGAGUAUCCUGACAAACUAUUGCUAUAUGCUGAGCUCACGAUUCCACUGGAAUGGGCCUACUAUAAAUCUGGAUACAAAUAUGUACUGCUAAGUAAGAAGGAUAAACCAACGUACGAAUAUCUAGUUGAAUUUUCUUCAUGGAGAGGUUAUGUAAAUAGAUGCCUAGUUGUUGGAAAGGAAUAUGUUGCAGAAAAUAAAACCUUUCACAAGUAUGAUGGAUAUAUAUAUCCCAAGCCAAAUUGGACCAUACAAAGGCUCUGGACAGAUGCCUCUGUAUCGGUGGCAGACGACAGAAGAGCAUUCUUUCGAGAAUUUUUCCCUAAAUGGAGCGGAUUUUACAUAGAGAAUUUCGAUUGCAAAAUUCAACCCGUUGAAGCACUACAAAAGCUUGCAUGUUUGGUUGACAACGUUUCCUUUUUUUGGACAUCCACCUCAGGAUAUCCGCAAUGCUGUAAGAAUGAUUCUAACAAACUUAAACUCGGAGAGCUUUUUAAGGAGAUUUUAAUGCCGAAAAUCAACGAAAAUCUGAAAAUUUUGUCAAGUCAGCCAAAAGAUCCGAAAUCUACAAUACAUGCUGUAGUAUCCUCAGUAGUAAUCGUUUACGUAUUCACGAAAAAUCGUGUUAAUUUGGAAUUUGAACUGUGUAAAACUUUGCUGAAAUGCUUCACGCUACCUCCAGAUAGAGAAAUAUGUUCCGAAUUCUUGAAGAGACUUAAAGAGUUUGAUGACAGUGUUUUAAGUUCCUUAAACGAGGUAAUUCUCCAAUUUUAUAAACAACAAUCAUCAAAGAAAUAUCUUGUGGUUAGUUGGAUUCAGGCUUUGCCUUUGCUGCAUUUUCUUCGACGUGAAUCCGUGCCAUUUGAGGAUCUGAUUUGUGUAAAACCCGUUGACAUCAAAACCUGGAAAUGGUGGGGACUAGGAAAUUUUCCAUACAGAGAGAUUCGAAAAAAUAUUGAAAGCGAAGUUAUGAAGAUUUUCCCAAAUUUGAAGGAUGUAUUUGAAAUGGAUCGUUUGCUUAAGCGGACUUUCUUACUGCUAUGUCCUGUGGAUAAAUUCGGAGAUCUUGUAAAGACAGAACAGUUUUCUUGCUUGGAAUUGUGCGUCACCCUAAGAAAACUACUGCCCGAUACUAAAAACACCAGUUCGUAUACAUCAAACUUCGUUGAGUACCUAGUUUCAUUAUUCCGGGAGAUCAACGAUCGCCUGUCCAACUUGAGUUUUAAGCAAUUUUCAAGUGAGCAAAUGCCGGAGACUUUGGUAAUACUUAAUAACUUGAAGUACAUCGUUUAUGAUCUAAAAAAUUAUCUCAAGCUUAAUGGAGUCGAAAUACUUUGUCGUUUGGUUGAAUGUUCAAUCACUGUUAUUAAACUUCAUAAAAGUGAAAGUGAUCUACAAGAGCAAUCUGAACAAGAUCAUUCCAAGGGGAAGCUGCCUGCGUUAUUUCAAUUGACAGAUAUUCCAAAUGAAAUGUUUUCCCUGUAUAAAGAUCAGUGUCAUUAUGUUGCAGCCUUUGUUGAUGCGAAACUUCCUGUUUCAAUUGAAUAUUGUAGCUAUGACUCUUGGGGCCAAGAAUUGCAGGUUUGGAAUCAGUUGUUAUCAUUGUCUGCCCCAGAGGUUUUCUUCGAGCCAUGGAAGGACCACUAUCUCGAGAAAUUUCAAAGUAGAAUAAACCUGGCGUCAUCACUUCGUCGGAUUCAGCUAUAUUGUCAGGCUGGUGAACACAAUUGUCAUCCAGAUAUCGCAACCUGUUUAAGCAAGGCCGCUUUCGAAGCUGUGGAAAAAGUGGUGGAAGACGGGCAAGGAGAACAGCGAACUUUUGCCUAUUUAAAUAAGAACAUAAGCAUGGCCAAUGUUGUAAAUCUGCUAGGGUCAAUGCUAGAAAAAUCCUGGCCGCGUGAACUGAAGAAAAAUGGUGAAUUAAAUGAGAAAGAGGAGAAGGAAAUUUUGCUUAAACAUCUUCUCACAUGGUCAAUAUGGCCUGGAUUUUUAAAGUCCUUUGGCUCUUGCGGGUUAACAGUCGGUGACUGCGGAGUCAUUAUGGCCCGAGCUGUGUCGUGCGUUGAAGAUCUUGUAAAUUCUGUCAUCGAUGGGUCAAUUGCAACAGCAACAUUAAAAGUCUUAGAAAAACAUUCUGAACAAUUUUUGAAACUGGGAGAGGUACAUCAAACCAACGAAAAUGGUCCUCAACACGUCCCAAUAAAGACUUCUUUUCACCAACGAAUUUCUGAACUAAAAGAAUUUCGUAAAGUAAAUUCCCAUAUUGAAUGUUUCCUUGGUCUCUGCAGCUUCAAAUCAGUCGACGAAGAGCUUAAUGUCUUGAGAAAAAAAAAUAUGCAAGACUUUAGUGAGUUAUCAAUACGGGAUGUAUGCGUUGAAAGAUCUGAUGGAUUCAGCGUAAUAUUUUUUGAGCUCAAUGACAAGUAUCUUGAUAUGGUUUCCAGAAUAACUGAGAUUAAAGGCAGUAAAAUAUUUAUAAAGCUAUGGCGUAAAUACAGCGAGAAAUUACAAAAUGAGGAUGCAGUUACAAUGGAAAAUAUUUUUAAAAUUUGGAUGAGAGUGUGUGAAAAACUCAAGGAUAUAAAUGAACAGUUUCUAAGCGGCGAAAUGCUACUCAAGAACAUCGAUAAAUACUUAAAUUUGUUUCAAGCGAAUUACGCCGAUUUGGAGGUGGAAUUCAAACUGCUUUCCAGGUUUUUGAGUUGCUCAAAAAAAGAGUUGGGGGAGGCCGAGAACAACCUGGAUGCCAGAAUCACGCAAGUAAAGAAAUACAAGAAGAUUUCUGAUGCACGUCAAGCGGGGAAGUCAAUUCUCGAGUUAAAAGAAACGCUGGGUCUCACAGGCGAUUUCUCGGUGGUUGAAAAGAUAGAGGAGAUUAUUAGUGGCAACCUAAAACGUUUAGCCAUCAAAUCCGUGGAUAAAGAUCUGCUUCAAGCUGGAGAACUCUUGGACAAAAUAGACGAGAAAAGGAGAAAAUGUUUAACAACUUUUACCGAAUGUUUUGAUUUGGUUACCUGGCUAAGAGAAAGUAUAAAUGAUGAACAAGAGCUCAAAGUAUUUGUUGAUUUGGCGAUGAUUUCAGCUGGGGAAGAUGACAUGGAAAUUGACCGGAUUUCCUGUAUGCAUACAAGUUGUCUUGGAUUUGGAUCAUUAAUUUUCGGUUACGAAACAAAUCAUGGGUUUGAUGAACUAAUGCGACUUUGUCAACCUGUGUGGCACGCUGUUGACACAAAUCCAGGCGUUGGACAAAAAUUGGUAUCAACUAAGAAUAGCCUGUCAUGGUUGAAGCAAAUAAAAGAGUCUCAUGGUUCAGUUGCUCUUACAACUAUGGUUCAAGUUGAAGCUAUCAAUUCCUGUGGUACCUAUUACAUUGCAGACACCGAGAUGGCUAAAGAAGUUAAGUACGCGAACGCUGGAGUUGGAUUAAACCUUGAAAAUUUGGUGUGUCUCAAUGUUCCUGAAGAUCCUCAAAAAAAUCGAGAAAGAAAAGUUUAUAGUCUGGAAGAAAUAAAGGACGUACAGAGUAAACUUAUGUUGAUUGCCGGUAAAGCGGAAAGUGGAAAGGAGGAAGUUGACAAAUUUAAUGAGAUUUUCGAUGGAAUACUCAGAAUAAGCCAUUUAUACUUGCAACUUUGUGAAGUUGGUCAGAUCGACUACUUAACAUGGAAGCGUAAAUACCAAUGCAGUAAAGCGGACGACGAGAGGAACAGUCUUUUAGAGAACAUUAAAGGAACCUGUGAAACAAUGGAAUGUGAUUUAAAGAAAUGGAAGGAAGAUUUUCAUGUUGCAAGAAACAGCUGUUAUUCUUUGAAUCAUUUUACCAUGAAACAGAUUUUACACCUAAGACUAGAGUUAGCAAAAGCAUGUGUUGGGCAUGUGGCCAUCGAUGAACUGCGAUUGCAGACUUUUAUGCUCCUUGAGUCUGUUUACAAGAAUAUAGAGCCUUUGCUUCUUGCAAAUGUCUUAAAAACAAUGGUUCCUGAAAACGCGGUGUUCUUUACAGAAGAAAGUUCUAAAGACGGAGAAAAAUAUUUUGAGAAUGAUAUGGAGUGUGAAGGCAUUUCGUCCGAAAAUAUCGAAGAAGAUGUGACUUUUCCAAGCCAACAGAGACGAAAGAUGUCGCUUGAAACUUUUACAAGUGCAAAAGAGAAACUCGAGGGAAUGGGUUUUGAUGAAGAAGAUAUUGUUGCUGCUUUGCAAAUUUGCGGUCGUGAUGCAACUGAAGAAGAUCUUAUAGCACAUGUUAUUUCUGGAGAAGAUGAUAAAGAAACUGUUAUGAAGCUUUGUGAAGAUGCGAAGCGAAAUCCACAACUGUCAGAUCUAAUUUCAGAUCUAUUAAAUUCAGAGUGCCAGUCUGGAGAUGCUGAAGAAAGCAAAAGGGAAAUUAAAGAGGAAAAAAUUGACCGAAGACCUGUCACACUAUACGUAAAAAACAAGGAAGAUACUUACCUCAGUUUGGAAAUUUUAACUGACAUUUUAGACGAACUUUCGGAAUCAGCCAUAGGUGCUGAAUCCCAACGUAUGCGGAGAAAGAUGCCGUCAGGCCUAAUGGAGGGUGAACCGAACUUACUACUUGUUCCAAAAGGGGAAGUGUUCGGCUGUCUCCUGUCGCUCUUCAUGGGAAGUGAAGCCCGUCAACCCUUACCAACUGAUGAAGAAGUGAUUGUCUGCGAUGAAAAUACAACAGCGGAAGAGAUUGAGUUACUCUGGCGACGUGCAGUCGUUGACGACAAAGGACAGUUGUUUUUGUCUUGUUGUUCGUUCUUUGGAAUUGUUACACAAGGACACUCCAAAUACCACUUGGUCGUGAUUUGCAGCAUUGAGAACGAGGACAGAUCGAAUAUGGUUGCAUCCUUGGAUCAGAAUCGUCGCCAUUUUCCCCCAAUCCCAUCUAUGAAAGGUAUUCAAAAUUAUUUGAAAGAGCAGCUUAUGGUUUCAGGCACAGAAACAGUCGGCAAUGUUCAUUUGGCACCAGCAGCCACGGUUGACAUGGAAAAGUUAUCUGUUCGUGUGAUUCAGUCGUCUAGAGCUGGCAUGGGAAAAAGCUUGUUUAUCGAACAUCUAGCAGAACAGUUGGAAAACCUUCUAAAUAACAAAAGGCUUCGUGGAGGCCUAGUGCCGUCGCUAUGUGCUACAAUUCCUGUGCAUGGAAUCUCUGUGGACAGUGAUUGUGUCACCCGCAAACUUCUCUCUCAUGCCGUGAAAAGGGAUAUUCCUGUUUCAAGGAUUUUUCAUUUGGACGUGUCUCAAUCGGUUGUGAAAGGAAUUGACAAUAUCCUGUUUCAACUUCUCAUCUUGAGAGUUGUAAAAGAUAAGAGUGGGAAUGUUUGGAGAAGAAAGUCGACUGAUAUGUAUGUAGUUGAACUUACAACUGACAAAUCAUUUGAAGCUUUAACAGCUGACGCGUCCUUAUCAAAUUCAAACUACAGCCAGACUAUGAGAAAACGACUGGCAACAGAGAAGUACUCAUUUGUGAAAUACCUGCCUCGAACACAUUGCUCGACACCCAGGGAAACGUUGGACAACAUAAGACUCAACAAAAGGGGUAAUACUGGAUUUGACAUGGAAAAAUUCCGUAGUGAAGAAUAUCAACGCACAUUUCAGUACCUUACACAGUUCGCAGCGGGGCAAAAUUUAGACAAAUUCUUGUUCAUAUAUGAUCCUCGUGUUACCAUUGGCGAUCCCGUUGAUGCCUUAACGAUCAUGAUUAAAUAUUGUGGCAUUCGUGAUCCAUCUUGGGCAGAACUAUAUCAUUUUGUAAACUUCUUGAACGUCCAGCUUCGCGACUGUGAGGAAAGCGUUUUCUGUAACGCUCAGUUAGUGGGUGAUCUCUUACAAGGUUUUAAGACUUUUGUUGUUCGUUUCAUGAUUGAAAUGUCUCGAGACUUUGCCACACGAUCACUAAGUGACAGUAACUUGGGCGUUGAUGAUACACAAACAGCAGAUGAAGAUGAUGAUUUAGCUCCAUUUGAAAUACGGAAGCGUUGGGAAUCGAGUCCUCAUCCUUAUAUAUUUUUCAACCAUGACCGCGUCAGCAUGACCUUCCUUGGAUUUCGUCUGAGCGAUAAUGGUGAUUUGCUUGAUCCCGCUACCAAUAAAGUUUUAGAGCAAAAGAUGAUGGAGCCAACUUUAAGAGGACAACUUAAGCAUCAAGGAGUUAAUUUUGACACCAACUACGAGAAACGUGACAAAAUGGCGCGUAUCGAGAAAUUGUGCAGCGUCAUGGGAAUCGAAUUUUUAUAUGACCCUGAUCCUACAUACGAAUUGACAACCGACAAUGUCAAAAAAAUCCUGGCAAUUCAUAUGCGAUUCAGGUGUGGCAUACCAGUAAUUAUCAUGGGAGAGACUGGAUGUGGCAAAACUCGGCUUAUUAGAUUUAUGUGUGAACUUCAAGCUGGGCCCGAAGGACCGAAAAAUUUGUUACUCAUGAAGGUACAUGGUGGAACUAGUUACUCAGAAAUUGAAAUGAAAGUGGUAGAAGCAGAGAAAAGAGCUUUCUUCAAUCAGAAGAUCAAUGUUGAUACUGUCCUGUUCUUUGAUGAAGCCAAUACAACAGAUGCAAUUGACCUCAUCAAAGAAAUAAUGGUCGAUCGAAGGGUGAAUGGACGUGCUAUAAAUCCUGAACUGACGAAACUGCAUUUCAUCGCUGCUUGUAACCCAUAUCGAAAGCACACGAAGGAAAUGAUCCAGAAACUAGAAUCUGCAGGGUUGGGGUAUCAUGUAUCAGCUGAUGAAACUGAUGAUAAAUUAGGUUCAAUUCCACUCCGUCAACUUGUGUAUCGAGUCCACCCCUUGCCAGAGAGCAUGAGACCGCUAGUUUGGGACUUUGGCCGACUUACAGAUCACACAGAAGAACUUUAUGCUGCGCAGAUUGUGCGGAGGUCUAUGGUUGCGACAACGUCAGAUGUUACAUUUGAUGGAACCGAAGCCCAAGCAUCUUGUAUUGCUAAAGUGCUGUCAGCUUCACAGAAAUAUAUGCGUGAACAAAAGAACGAGUGCAGCUUUGUCAGUUUGCGUGAUGUUGAAAGAGCGAUGAAGGUUAUCACCUGGUUUUAUUCGAACUCUGAAUUGAUCAUCCAAAUUAUUGGUGAUGUAGAUGAAAAUGGUGAUAAAGAUAGUAGUUCUGAAGAAUCUAGUGAAGAAGAAGAUUAUAAGUCUGAUGAAGAAUUUGAGACAGGCGAACAACCCUUAAGUCAAAUUGCUCGUGCACUAAUCCUGGGGAUUGGUGUUUGUUACUAUGCCCGAUUAAAUACAAGAGAAGCAUAUUGUCAAGAAAUCUCGAGAUAUUUUGACAAUUCCUGUCCUCUUCCGGGAGGUGGACGUAGAAUGCAAAGGGAAAUCGAGAGGUGUCAACGUGGAUUUUUGAAUGACAUACAACUGGGUCAGAAUAUCGCCAAAAACAUCGCUCUAAGUGAGAACGUCUUUAUGAUGGCAAUUUGUACCGAGUUACGCAUCCCGUUGUUUGUUGUCGGCAAACCUGGCAGUUCAAAAUCUUUAGCGAAAGACGUUAUAUCCACCAACAUGAAAGCUGGAAACUCGCAAAGCGAAUUGUUCAAAAACUUAAAACAGAUCCACAUUCAAUCGUACCAAUGCAGUCCAUUAUCCACGCCCGAAGGCAUCGUCUCUACCUUCAAACAAUGUGCUAAACUACAAAAAGACAAAGACUUAAAAAAGUUCGUGUCUGUGGUAGUAUUAGACGAAAUUGGAUUGGCCGAGGACUCUCCUCUGAUGCCUUUGAAAACGCUCCACCCUUUAUUAGAAGAUGGCACGGCAACAACUGAAGAAUCAGGGACAACAUCUGAUUAUCACCGCGUUGGUUUUAUCGGUUUAUCCAAUUGGGCAUUGGACCCCGCCAAAAUGAACCGUGGAAUUAUGUUGAGUAGAGGAGUACCAAAUGAAAAGGAGCUGCAAGACAGCGCCAGUGGAAUUUGUUCAUCUGACCAAGAAAUAAAACUACGUCUUGAGACAACUAUCUCAAGGUUAUGCAGAGGGUAUUUUGAACUUUACGAGAAACAAAGCAAGUCAAAAACACUAAAAGAAGCUCAAAAAGAUGAAUUCUUUGGACUUCGGGACUUUUACAGCUUAGUAAAGAUGGUGUUUGGUUUUGCUGUACAAAAAGAAGAGCAGGGUGAUCAAAUCAGCGAUAUAGAACUGGAAAAAUCCAUACGGAGGAAUUUCAGUGGCUUAGAUGACAUUGAUCCAGUAAAAACAUUUUGUAAACAUUUUCAAAGACUUAAAGAGAGUGUUAAGCGUCCUUCUCCUGAAUGCUUCCCGGUGAAUCUCAUCCAAGAAAGCCUUGUUAGAACCGAAAAGGAAGGAGAAAGUCGCUAUUUACUUGUUCUAACUGAGAACUACGCAGCACUAAGAUUAUUGCAGGGGCAAUUUUACCAGCACGAUCCAGUUAUUAUUUUUGGAAGCAGUUUCCCGAAAGAUCAACAAUACACACAGAUUUGUCGAAACAUCAAUCGAAUUAAAGUAUGCAUGGAAACUGGAAGAAUGGUGAUUUUACUCAACUUAGAAAGCCUUUAUGAAAGUUUAUAUGAUGCAUUAAAUCAGUAUUACGUGUAUCUUGCCAAUCAAAAGUAUGUUGACCUUGGCCUGGGAAACCACAGAGUGAAGUGUAGAGUGGCGAAUGAAUUUAAGUUGAUUGUGGUUGCUGAAAAGGAUGUUGUUUAUCGUCGAUUUCCAAUUCCUCUUAUCAAUCGACUGGAAAAGCAUUUACUUGUAAUGUCAACUGGCCUAACAAAACACCAAGCUGUUUUGGUCGAAAAACUGCAAAAGUGGGUCAAAAUUUUCUCAGAAGCAUCUCCCGAAUUUUCAUGUAAUAAAAGCCUAUUCACGCCUGGUGAUUGCUUUGUUGGUUACCAUAGCGACACUGCCGCUGCAGUGAUCAUCAAAAUUUCGAACAUUGAAAAGGAUUGGCCUGAUGAUCAGAUUCUUCUGCAUUCAAAACUCGCGCUGUUGCAGUGUGCAUCGCCUGAUGCUAUCGCUAGACUACCAGCGACAAAAAUGAAACGUGAUGCGGAGGAACUCUGGAAUGUAUAUUUCAAAACUCAAAGACAUGGAAGUUUGAAAGACUAUUUGGUUGAUUGCCUAGAUAAAGUUACUUCUGAAAAACAUGGAUCUCUUAUACAAAUAACCACACACUCAAGAUUGUUAUCGCCAGGAAAUUCACGUUCCAUAGCAUCAGAUGCUGGAUUCAAAGGUCCAAAUGCUCGUUGUAUUAGCCUUCAAGAAUUUAACACAGAACAACAAUUCACCAAAACAUUAGAAGAAUUUUUUGUUUCACUUGGUGGUGCUGAAGGUCUCCUUCUUGUCCAAUGUGAUAAUGGCGAAGCGAAUUUCAACUUAAUCGCCUGCUGUCGACAUCUUGUUGAUGAUACCCGACGUCGUAAAAUUGAAAGUUUUGAUGGGCCUGUUAAGCCUAUCCACGUCGUAUUUAUUAUUCAGUUACCAAAGAUUGCUGGUGGUUGUCAACACUUUGUAGGGUUUCAAGGUGGAAAGUGGCUGUCGAUCCAUAUUGACGAACUUCUUGAAUCGAGCGAACAGCUUCCACAAAUUGAACAGCUUAUGAACCGCUCUGUGAGUGAUUUAUUCAAGCCAGUAAACCUUGCAAGCAGUGAUGAUAUUGAGAGCAUGGAUGUUGAUGAACAUUAUGAUGGGGACGUGCGUAUGGAGGACAUUGAAUUAGAGGAAUCAAAUGAAAAACAAACUGCUCUGAGCGAAAUAAAGGCAGCAUUGCUACUGAAAAAUUGUCUGCAGGCUGCCGCAGCAAGAAUCUACGAUGAGUCAGCGGAGAUUGACAGAGCCACGAAACGCAUAGAAAUAUUGCUUGAGUUUUUACCAGAGGAUGAUACACAAGAAACAGAGCUUUCCCAAAUCCUAGCAUCUCGUGUUUAUGGAUUACUCGUGGAACGGGACGAGAAAUGUUUUCAGGAUCAGAAACUCUGGCUACAACACGAGGCAUUGUCUCAGGGGCAUCUCCAGGAAACUGGGACAUUCAGAAAAGCGUUAUGGCAGAAACUUUCCUCGAUUGUUUCCCCGAUAUUGUCUGAAGUGAUAGCAUUCUGUGAUCGAAAUCACAACCUCAAUAUACCGCAUGAAGGAAAGGAUUGGAAAUCGCGAUUGUGGUUUUGGAUGCUUAGUGAAGUACAAAUUACGCCUUUAACUUACGAUUCGUUUAUUUCCCCUGAAUCACAAAGAAUAAGAGAAAGAGCCUUUGUUCAAAAUACAGGCUUUGGACAUCGUUUUAACGGGAAGUUUCCGUUUUCAUGGAUCAUUAAAGAUAUAGUCAGCGAUCUUUUAAUAAAAGUUGCAGGCGACCCUUCAAAGACACUGCUUCAAUUAAGAGGGAUCUUUUACCAAUCACCACUGGGAAAUUACCUGAAAGUUAUAUUUGAAGACAAAGAGAAUAAAAAGGAAGUAACAGAAAACUACCUUCAUGAUUUUCUUCACAUGAUGUACAAACCAAUAGAGAAUGGAGAAUUGCAGUUGAUAUACGAUGCCUCUUUCGAAGCUUCUGGGCAAAUACAUCAAUUGCUGCACGAAAAUGAAGAUUUUGACAUUGACAUUCCUUUUAUUCAUUUCACUUACUCCCUCAUUGAAGCUCGUUUGGCAAGAUUUUCUGAUCUGGUUCAUGCUUUUCCUGGUCUAGUGAAAGAACUACUAAGGCUAAGCGAUCGGUUGAAAGUUGGAGAAAUGAUACUGGAUACGGUAGCACUUGAGUAUUGCUUACAGAAGUUGGAACCAACACCCAAAGAUCUGGAAAGCAGUGGUAAUAGAUCAUGUUGGUGCAACCGUGUUCAGCGUGUUGGCCAAGUUGUGAAAGAUUUAAAAAGUCUGAAAUAUAGCUGGAAACAACAACAGAACAAAGAUGGCAACCAAGCUGGAUUUGUUACUCACCUGUUUGGGGAAAAAUCAAUUGUAAUUUUUGAAAAAUGCAGAAUGAUGUGGAUACGUUUAGAUGUUGUGCGCAUGUUUAUCGAACAUACAUGUCCACCUGGCCAGCGAACCUAUGAAGCUAAUGCACAGAACGCUUUUAAACUGUGGAAGGUUUUAGGAGAAAACCUCGACUUUUCUACCGUCCGUACUAUGACUGCAGUAGAGAGAUUCCUGAAGGAUUGCUGUGACAGAAUUAGCAAACGAUUCAGAUAUGAUAUCACUCAAUGUGAGAUUUGUAAACGUCCACUACGAGAUCCUAUUUUGAUGCCAUGUGAUCAUAUAUGUUGUAUGGCUUGUGCAAGAGGGUGGUUUAAAGAUCAUAACGCUUGUCCUAUGUGCAGGAAAGAAGUUGGUAAUGACUUCAAAGUUGUUGCCAAUAAAAAAUGCAGAGAUGCCCUGGAGAUGUACAACAAUUUCCGUAAUCGCUGCAAGUCAUUCUUCGUGGAGCUUGUUUCGUUGUAUUGCUUUCGAGAACAGCUGCCAGAACCAGAUUUAGUACGAAAAUUCAUCAAUUACGUGAUUAAUGAUGAGAAUAAAACUGAAGCUUUUACACCUUUUGGUGGACAAGGAAUUGAUGUCACACCUGUUAUCCGAUCGUAUAUUUUGCAGCAACUUCUGGCAAUAAAGGAGAGACGAAAUGAGGUCCUGGGAUAUUUGGAAGAAUACCUACGCCGUGCCAAGGGAUUAGGUGAAAGAGAACAUUUAAUCGAAGUUUGUGUAUUGUGUGUUCAGUGUAUGGAGGACGUGGAAACUGUGACGUUAUUAAAGGCAAGAGAAGGGGGAGAAAAUGUGCAACUCAAUAUUGCCAGCCGAAUACUGGAUAGAUCGCUACGAAAUAUUUCAUCUUCAUCAAACACUCUUACUGUUUCUUGCCUUGAAGAUAUCGCUGGAAUAAGAUCCGCAUUGGAGGUCGUUUCUAGCUAUUUGAGCGAUGACUUUGCUGAUAAUGUUAAACGGUUCCCAAAGCUUUCGGACUGCCUUGCAUCAGCGAAACAACUUUGUAGUAGAUUUGUGGUUAAGUUGUUCCUUUUGAAACAGUUAGUUCGCCAUGAUCCGAAUGGAAUUGAUGCGGUAAAAGAAAGAUGUAGAAAAGAGGAACUAAAUUGGAUCAUGCCCCCGCAGUCGGAGGAACAAGAUACGACUCCAGACCCAUUUAUUGUUCAUCGUGAUGAGUAUCAUACUGUGCGAGAAGCUCUUGGCAAAGCUUUGCUCACAUCUAGUCUCGACAACUUACGCGACGUCCUACAGAAUUUACAGAUUCAGCCACCAGCGCGUUCGUGUUAUAUUUUGCUUGCCCUUUUCCGUGAAGUAACAACAAGUUUUGGACAUUCAAACAAAGAUGAUAGAAUUCCCUCCAAGGUCUUGAAGACGCUGAAAAAAUACAUUACCGGGAUCAAGGACUUACCAAACGAAGUGAAAUCUCUGGCUGAAGGUUUUUUGGAAAAUUUUGGAAACGCAAACAGCCAAAUUCUGCAGUCACGUCCUCAUCUAUCUGCGACUGAUAGACGACUUAUUGAUUUAUUAACUCAUUUUCUUGUUGUCAUUAAAUGCUCGCCUCAAAAUCAAUUGCUUCAACCUUUUUCGAAUUUUGCUAUAAAUCCAGCUAUGAUGGUGAACGCUUUUAUUCCCACAAUGCCUCAUGAUGAUGGCCCUGAGGUCAUGCAGGCAACCGCUGGCAAGUGGUACGAGUGCCCGCAAGGACAUCGCUAUGUUAUUACUGAAUGUGGGCAGCCAAACCAAAGCUUUAAUUGUCCAACAUGCCAUAGCCCUAUUGGAGGCAUGAAUUACGGUCUAGCAGCAAACAAUAGAAAUGCAUCUGGGGAAGAUCGAACUAGCACAGGCCAUAUUCUUGGGCGUGCUCAACCACAAGGGGGAACAGUAGAAUCAGAGCGAAAUAUGAAUCCUUUGUCUUGCGGUGUAUUACGUUGCCUGACUCAUUUAGCCAUGUUGUUGGGAACAGAUCAGGAUACUCAGAGAAUUGCUGCUACAGUAAAACCAGCAGUUGGCGAUGUUGUCCAGUUCUUGAACGAACAUAUCAAGAAUGACAUAAGAAGUAUUGCACGAAAUACUGGCCACAACGAUGUUGAGGCGGAACAAAUAAUCCACCUAGUUCUUGUUGGUAUUAUGAACAACACAGAUCAGCAGAGAGGGUUAAAUGUUGACACCAGACUAGCUACUAAAGAGUCAAGAGCAGCUUGGGAAGAUGCAUUUUUGAACACUUAUUUGAAUCCGGUUCUGUCGAAUAUUUCUAACUUACUGCAAGAAAGCUUUGGUCGUAUGGUCCGAGAUGAAAGGCUUGGCAACAAUCGUCUGAUGAAAUUAAUAUAUGAACACGAUGAUUCAAAAGAAACCGUCGCAACAGAGCUCACUCCGAUGUGUCCAGCGCUAUGGCGGCAUCGUAAGAAGAUCACCAUAGAAUAUUUAUCGUUCAAGUUUCAAGAAUAUUCUCAAGAUGGCUAUAGACUGGAAAGAUGUGAAGUUUUGGCGGAAUUCUUGAAAAAAGAGCAGCAUCUUCGAGCGUUGCAGUACCUCCCAGAUAUUGUAAAGUUACAACGGCUUCUUUUUGAGAAAUUUCAUCGUCGCUUGGAUCGAAAUGAAGCGGAAACAUAUACUAUUGGAAAGUUCCUAAAAAGCGUUUCUCAAGUAAAAGAACAAUUUAUUUCAUUGAUCGACAGCUUUCGAAAGGCAUGGAAGAUUGUCCGAACAUCUCUUGUGCAAGAUGGACCAUUUUCAAUUUCACAAGAAAUGUGUUCUUUUGAAGUGACAAAUUCAACAGUAAUUUCCAUGUUUUUACCUGCCCGUUCAGGCGUGGGAAGAUGCGCGUUAGCCCUGAAUAAUUUUCUAGUGACUUUGCACAAUGAUUUCAUUGGCCGUUGUAAGAGCUUGCUGAAGGAUGAGAGUAGGUCACCUGACAUGUCUCUGAAGAGUGUCACUAAAGCUCAUCUUGUGGCGUAUGAUCCUGAAAAGGAUUUCAUACCAAUCAUCCUUGCACACUGUGAUUAUUCUUUAAAUCUUGGCGAAGAAACAGUGCUUGAAUUCAACUGGAAAUCAUUGGAGAGACAAAUAGUGGACAGAUUCAUCAGAGGCAGGCCCAGACUAACGUCCUUGGUUGAAUUGUUUGUGUUCAGUAAAGACAUUUGUGAUGGAGAAGUAUUUAAAGCUUUACAACAAAAAAUACCUCAGGUGGAGUUGACUCGUCCUGUUCAAGAUCAAAUACUCAACGAACUUAAUCAGCUGACCGAUGUUUGCGAUGUUCUUAAAUCACUCCAUAUUGCUAUUGGAUUUCUAUCAUCUGCUGGGGGGGAUCCAUCAAUGUCUGUUUUUGAUUACCUUCAUUCAGGACUAAAGAUGGAAGUGAAAAACGGUCUGAAAAGUAGAAAGGCUGAGCAGUUUUGUGAACUGCAGCACAUCGUUUCUCUUUGGCUGUUAUUGUCUCUAGAAAGGGCAAGGAUAUUGACAAAACAUAAACAGGAUCCAUUUGAUGACGUAACGGAUACGGUAAAGGUAUCGCUCGAAACGAAGCAGAAAUUUGCAUUGAACGGCGGAUUACAAAAGCUGAACGUUGAUCGAUUUGUUCUUGUGCUGUUGGAGUUCAUUUUGCUCUACCUAAAAAAUGUUCCUGAUGAUCAGUUACACUUUCCCUUAUCUCAGUACAUGAAUGCCAAACUUGACGAAUUGAAUCGUGAAGUUAUCGAUGCGCUAGAAGAAUAUGUACCAGAAGACAUCACGGUAGAACAUGCUGUAGAAGCUUGGAAAAUUGCAUGUCGAAAAAGUGAGGACUAUCAUUUAAGAUUGGAACAGUAACGCGAACACGGAUAAUUUAAUUACAUUUAAAUUCGGUUAGCAACAUUUCGGUUUUAACGUAUAAUUUAUGCCUAAGUACAUUUUGCAUAGGUAUACAUAUCCUCCAUUAUGAAUAAUUGCAAAUUUUUUAUCACUUGCACUGUGCAACUUAUAAAUUAUAGUGUAAGUAGGAAUGUUGCAUUCUUCUAAUCUUUCGAAUGAUACCAAUGAAUCAGUAGCGUAGGCAGCCUGUCAACGUUGUCAGGCUUUACCAAUAUUUCAGUGUCACUCACUGUGAAUAAUAGUCAAUAAUAGUCAAAAACAGUCAAUAAUAAUAUUAAAUUUGCAUAGCAUUUACAUAGCCGGAUUAAAAUGACAGGCUGACUACACCAGUUACUGAAAUUAAAGUGUCUUUAUGUAAUUUGAUAUUAUAAG